CAGCGUCACCUGUCAGUGUCCAUCAGUGCCAUGUAUCAGUGCUCCCAUCAGUGGCAGUCAGUGCCACCUAUCAAUGCCAGUCAGUGCCACCUAUCAGUGCUGCCAAUCAGUGCCACCUAUCAGUGCCAGUCAGUGCCGCUUAUCAGUGCCAAUCAGUGGCGCCUAUCAGUGCCCGUCAUUGCUGCCUAUCAGUGCCGCCUAACAGUGCCAGUUAAUGCCACCUAACAGUGCCAGUCAGUGCCGCUUAUCAGUGCCACCUAUCAGUGCCGCCUAUCAGUGCCAUAUAUGAGUGCUGCCUUUCAGUGCCCAUCAGUGCCACCUACCAGUGCCUCCUCAUCAGUGCCCAUCAGUGCCACCUAUCAGUGCCCAUCACUGCAGCCUCAUUAG